AAGGCUGGGUGUAUCCUCAUCUCCGUCCCCCUUUAUAAAGGACUGCAGCUCAGAGCAGCAGCCUGGAGAGGAGAGAUACACUCAUACUCACACGCACGCGCACACCGCAGCACGAGGGACACACGGACAUCGCAGGCAUGCUGUGGUGGCCCACGCUGUGGGCUGCCCUGCUGGGCCACUGGGUCAGCCACUGCUACCAGCUGGACUCCGAGGACAAAGCCACCAUUGUGGAGCUGCACAACCACUUCCGCUCCCACGUGCUGCCCACCGCCACCAACAUGAGGAAGAUGAGCUGGAUGGAGUCACUCGAGACCACAGCAGCAGAAUAUGUCACUAAGUGUGUGUGGGACCACAACCCAAACAGGGGGGACAUCGGUGAGAACCUGUUUGUCGGCACUGGGCCCUUCAACCUUACCAAGGCUGUGACUAGCUGGUAUCUAGAGCACCAGGACUACACCUACCACAAUAACAGCUGCAAGGAAGACAACCUCUGUGGACACUACACUCAGGUGGUGUGGGCAGACACUUACUUUGUGGGCUGUGCAUCACAUCUCUGUGAGGAAGUGGAGGGACUGCCAUUCACGAUGGCCACCAUGCUAGUGUGUAACUACUCCCCACAGGGCAAUUAUGAAGGAGAGUGGCCUUAUGAGGAGGGAGAAUCAUGUUCAAAGUGUCCAGGGGAGGCGCCACUGUGCGAGAACCACCUCUGUGUGGCUGAGACCCCUGAAGCUUCAGAGACGCCGCAUGUAAGCGAGGGGACGACAAAGAGCCCACAGCCAGGCCCAGACACCCCCACACCCUCCUACAGUGGUCCUGACACAGAACACACAACCAUGGGUACAGACCAAACCAUUACCACCUCAGAGGGGGAGCAGCCGCUGAGCGACACAUCACCGCCCCCUGAUAGUGAGGAAGAGGAGGAUGAUCAGAUGAAUGAAGGAGGGAAAGCCACCUUUUCAUCCAUACUGCUGGCAGCUACUGCUCUGUUGCUUUUUCUGUAGAAAUACACUCCCCGCUCUUCAUACACACAACUGCACAUACGCGCACACGCACAUACACACACAUGCACUGCACAUACACACAUACAGGCGCGCACACAUGCACAUUUGCUCAAAACCACAGCUAGGCACCUGUUUUCCAGCACAAACAGCAGAUCUUAAGGCUCGCCGUUCUGACUGAGUCUGAGCAGUGGAGCCACUGUUACUGAUCUGCAAAGCUAGAUCGUCUAUUUGCUGAUUUUUAUGAAAACACAAAACCUUUACCUGAUUGUGGCUUGGGAAAGCAGUGAAUCCACACUCAUGGCUAAAGCAGUAGAGCAUGACAUUUCUUCCCUGGAAGCUGUUUUAACAGGGCUGGUACUUCUCACAGCAUGACCCUCUGAC